AUGGCGCGGCCGUGGCUCUGCCUCCUCAUCCUCGCCGCGCUCUUCAGCCCCGCGGCCCCGCAAGAAACAAAGAGGGCCGAGAUCUGGGCCGAGCCGCCGGCACCCACUGAGUACCACCCGCUGAUGCUGACCUGCCAAGUCACCGGAGACCCCUGGCCCCAGGAGUUCCUGUGGGAGAAGAGAGGAAGCCCGGUUCCCCUGGAGAAAAGCCCCGACGGAGUCCUGCUCAUCCCCUCCGUCAACAACACCCACCUGGGCACCUACACCUGCACGGCCACCAGCCUCCAGGGCAGGGCCGUGGCCACCUACACCCUGUGGAUACAUGACCUGGUGAGCUCGGCGUUCGUGUUCCCCCAAGAGUCCAAAACCGCCCACGUGCAGGUGACGGCCAGGCUGAAGCAGCCCCUGGACAACUUCACCGUGUGCCUGAGGUCCUUCACGGACCUCACGAGGCCCUACAGCCUCUUCUCCUACGCCACCAGAAAACAGAGCAACGAGAUCCUGCUCUUCAAGCCCAGACCCGGGCAGUACGAGCUCGCCGUGGGGGACAAGCUCCUGUUCUUCCAAGUGCCCGUAAUUCUCGGGCAGAGCGAGCACGUCUGCGUCAGCUGGGAAUCCUCCACCGGCAUCGUGGGGUUCUGGUUCAACGGGAAGCCCUGGCCGAGGAAGGGGCUGCAGAAGGGUUACACGGUGGGAGUGCCGGCGUCCAUCCUGCUGGGGCAGGACCAGGACAGCUUCGGGGGCGGCUUCGACGCCCAGCAGUCCUUCGUGGGGGAGAUCUCGUCCGUGUACAUGUGGGACACGGGCAUCUCCGGCUCGGAGGUGGUGUCGGCCAUGUACGACAACCCCGAGCAAACCCCCAUCUUCGGCUGGAGGAAUUUCCCCUACGAGAUCGUGGGCGAGGUGUACCUGAAGCCCUGA